UUUCUUUGGUCUUUUUCAGUUUUGAGUCCCAGUCAAUACGUCUGUGCUCUUUGACCUUUUAUAUUUUCUAUGGAAUUAGUUUCUUAUGGUCAAUGCAUUCGUUGGCUUCUUCUCUGUUUCUGAACAUCCUUUUAAAUACAAUAAUUCUCUCUGAGCUUUGAAAUCAUAAAAAAGCUACGAAUUUUGUUCUCAUCUUCGGUUGUGUGUUUCAAUUGAUGAAACAGGUUAGGCGUUCUUCUGGAGAUAAAAGUGGUUCGAAGAUGAAUCAUUGCAACCUUAAGCAGAACGCCUUCAUGUCUCCCGAGGAAUCCAUAGGAUUUGUUGUUCCUGUCUCUUGUAACUCUGUCGACACCGUUGUUUGUCCUAAGCCUCGUCGCGUUGGCAUUCUCCUCAAUAACGUUAUUCGUCCGUAUAGAUUAUUACAUUCUAGUCAAUCAGGAGCAGCGGAUGUAUGUGAUUCUAAAGCUGGGGCAGAUCUUUUGGACAUCAUUCUUAGAAAGGAUGAGACAUUGUCCGCUGUAGUAGCUUCAUCACCUCCAUUUUUCCUCGGGUCUCCCCCGAGCAGAGCAUCGAACCCGUUAGCUCAAGAUGCGCGAUUUGGAGACGACAAACUCAACCCUAUCUCACCCUCGCUCUCAUCUCCAUCUUCAUCUUCAUCUCGUGUCAAAGGAGGAGGUUGUGGUCGAGUGAAGUUUGAGAUUAAACAGGGAGUUGUAAGAGUUGAGGGAUUCAAUUGCUUAAACAGGGACUCAAGCAUACCUGCCAUGGCUUAGAAAGGAACAGAGAUUCACAAAGUGUACAUAAAAUCCAGAAUCAAAACUCCAUUUCGUUUUUGAAGUAUGAUAUAUAUUGAAGAUGAAGAGGGAAAGGAAGGUUAAAGAUCAGUCAAUAUCACCAGCUAAGGCUUUUACCGCAGUUUUCUGUAACUUUGAGAUCAAUGAUGCGUUUAACGCAUAAAUUUCGAGAAUAAUUAAAAAAAUAUGACAAUACUGUUUUAAUAUAUAUGUAGUUGAAUCCUGCCAUAACUACGAUGAAGGUCAAAGAGGUUUGGAAUUUUGCUGUCUCCGUUUCU